UCCCGGGGUGGUGCAGGGGCAGCUCGGCCGGCGGGCCUGGCACAGCCAGCGGGGAGGGCGCGCGUGCAGGGUGUCUGGGUCCCACGUGCGGAAUGGACGGUCCCCAGGAACCAGUCCCCCCGGGCCCAGGGGGCCGCUGCCCAGCCCUCCGCAGGCUGGUGCCCGUCGGCUUCGGGGCUGAGGCGUGGACGCUGUUUGUCCUUUCCGGACCCCUGUUCCUCUUCCAGAUGCUGACCUUUAUGAUUCACGUGGUGAGCACGGUGUUCUGCGGGCACCUGGGCAAGGUGCAGCUGGCCUCGGUGAUGCUGGCGGUGGCUCCUCCCCGGGCCCAGACUCCCCGGCCUCGCCCUGGCACAGGGUCCCCUCCGCGGCCACACCUGACGUGCCCUUGUCUCCCCCCCCACCGCGAGCGGCUCCAGUUUGUCAACGUCUGUGGGGUGUCCGUAGGAUAUGGCUUGUCCUCGGCAUGUGACACCUUGAUGUCCCAGAGCUUCGGGAGCCCCAACAAGAAGCACGUGGGGGUGAUCCUGCAGCGGGGCGCACUGGCCCUGCUGCUCUGCUGCUUCCCCUGCUGGGCGCUCUUCCUCAACGCCGAGCUCAUCCUGCUGCUCCUCGGGCAGGACCCGGCCGUGUCCAGAUUGACCCAGGACUACGUGUCCAUCUUCAUCCCCACGAUGCCGGUCAUUUUUCUUUACAUCCUGCUGGCAAAGUAUUUGCAAAAUCAGGCGAUUGUGUGGCCCCAAGUCCUCAGCGGCGUCGUGGGAAACUGCAUCAACGGUUUGGCCAACUACGUCCUGGUUUCUGUGCUGGACAUGGGGGUCAGGGGCUCCGCUUACGCCAACGCCACCUCCCAGUUCCUGCAGACGGCCUUCCUGCUGCUCUACAUCGUGCUGAGGAAGCUGCACCUGGAGACGUGGGCAGGCUGGUCCCUGGAGUGCCUGCAGGACUGGGGCGCCUUCUUCUCCCUCGCCGUCCCCAGCAUGCUGAUGCUGUGCAUCGAGUGGUGGGCCUACGAGAUCGGGAGCUUCCUCAUGGGCCUGCUCGGCGUGGUGGACCUCUCUGCCCAGGCUGUCAUCUACGAGGUGGCCACAAUGGUCUACAUGUUUCCCAUGGGGCUCAGCAUUGCAGUUUGUGUCCGAGUGGGGACAGCUCUGGGGGCUGCAGAUACGGUGCAAGCAAAGCGAUCGGCCACCUCGGGCGUGCUCUGUGCAGUCGGCCUUUCCCUGGCUGUGGGCAUCCUGCUGGGCAUCCUGAAAAACAAACUGGGGCACAUCUUCACCAGCGAUGAGGAAGUCAUUGCCCUGGUGAACGAGGCCUUGCUGAUUUACACCAUCUUUCAACUGUUUGAAGCCGUCUGUUGUGUGUACGCUGGCGUGCUCAGAGGCACCGGGAGGCAGGCCUUUGGGGCCAUCGUGAACGCAGUCAUGUACUACGUCGUCGGCCUGCCCCUGGGCGGCGUGCUGACCUUCGUGGUCAGGAUGAGAAUCAUGGGCCUCUGGCUGGGCAUGCUGGCCUGCGUCCUCCUGGCAGCCGCGGCCUUGGUGGUCUACACCGCCCGGAUUAACUGGAAGUUGGCUGCAGAGGAGGCGCAGAAGCACGCGGGUCUGCAGCAGCCCUGGACGGAGCGCGGCACCCCCAGGCUGGGGCCCGAGAAGACCGUCGUCGCUUCAGUGGCUACGAGCAGCACGCCUGGCAUCAUCCUGACGACGUAUUCAAGUCCAGAAUGGCAGGUGGACCCCAGCAGGGCUCCGGAAGCUUCCCUCGGCCUCUCGGCUCCUAACAGCUCCCUGUCAGUGAAGCAGCUGGCUGUGCGCCGUGGGGCUGCUCUGGGGGCAGCGGUGGCCAUGCUGCUGGUGGGCCUGGCCACCAGGGUCCUGACCUCCAGGCACUAACAGAGGAGCCUGGAGGUGGAAAGGUGGCCGGAGCCACGCACCCCCAGGUGGGCCUGACAGGAGCAGUGGUGGGGCCCAGCGCGGGCGGGCGCUCCAGCCCACCCCUCAAGAGAGAACUUCCGCAGGACCUCGUGAGGGGCAGGGUCUGGACUGCAGACCACCCUGUUGUGGUCAGAUUGCUUCUUUCCUCACUGAUUUGGACAGCUCUUUGGGAGGCCUCAACCAGGCGGAAAAGAGAAACCUGGGAUUGCCACUAUUAUUCCAUAAUGUAAAGGGCUUCAGGUUGGAGAGUUUGCAGCAAAAUAAAAUGGCAAAAAUCAGUCUUGUAU